AUGGCUCCCGCCAUCUCACUCCUCGCCAAACCACGACAAAGAGGCGUCCGUCCGUACCAGAGACACGGCCUCAUCUACUUCAUCUGCGGCAACCCAGGACUCGUCAAUUACUACGCCGUCUUCCUAGAUUGCUUGCGCGGGAUGCUCGAUGCGGAAGAUGAAGGCUCAGGCGGAACUGCCUAUGACAUAUACGGGCGCAAUUUACUGGGCUUCAGUGAUGACGAGCAUGAGCCGUUUAGCGCCAGCAACGAGCCAUGGGAUCUCGACGGCCAGAUCGACGGCAUGUAUCGCGAUGUCGCAUCCAGGACCGUCAUUCCCGACGAAGCUGGCGCUGAGGGCCAAGAGGGAGAGGCAGCGCGGCCGUAUGACUUUGUCGUCCUCAUGGGCCACUCGGUAGGCGCGUACAUUUCAGUCGAAAUCUUUCAUCGGCACAUGCAGGAUCCAUCUCGAGCGCCGCAUCUCAACCUCCGGCACGGCUUCUUGCUGUUUCCAACUCUCACCCACAUUGCCAACUCGCCCAAAGGGAGGAAUGUUGGUCUGCUAAUGAGCAUCCCCGGGCUGGAAAACAACGCACAUCAUCUGGCGAAAUUCAUCCUUAAUUGUAUUCCUUAUGCGUGUGUCUUGUGGAUCAUCCGACAUGUCUUGGGCUUCACGCCUCAGACUGCAGAGGUGACGGCGAGGUGGCUCAAGAGUCAAGGUGGCGUUUGGCAGGCGAUUCACCUAGGCCUCUCAGAGAUGCGCACCAUUUGCGAGGAAAAGUGGGAGGAAGAGCUCUGGGAGACGACAGUUGAAGACGGAGACGUUAACAGUUACAAUUACUACCACGGUAAAAGCAAGGUUUCUGCGAAUGGAGAGUCUCAAGGCGGCGCCGAGACACCACAGCAACAGAUUCCAAAGUUCUUCAUUUUUUACGGCAAAAACGACCACUGGGUGGCGAACCAUGUCCGAGAUGCGUUUAUCGAGAAGAGGAAGAGCGAAAAGGAACACACCAAGAUACUAGUUGACGAGGGAGAUAUUCCGCAUGCAUUUUGCGUCAAGGAGCGGCACCGAAUGGGUGCAACCCGUGCGCCAGCACACUCUGCGAACAUCAGUGGAUCUACUUUUGGGGACAACAUCCGAAUAAACCAAGGAUUUCUAAAUAUCUUCUUUAGUAGCCGGACAACGGUCUCCCGCGAAAGCACACCGUCCCCUGCAGUACAAGCUCAGUUGGAAGAGAAAGAGAGGAUGGACUGUCGGCGCUCUCUCAGCUUCCGCGAUCUUGACGCCCGCCUGCAGAAUAUCUUUCCGGUACAGCAAGGUACCUGCGAGUGGAUUUUUCAUAUGCCAGUGUUUCAGAAUUGGUAUGAGCAUGCUCAACACGAUAAUGGAUUGCUUUGGAUCAAAGGAAACCCUGGCACUGGAAAAUCGACAUUGAUGAAGCAUAUUUUGGAAUACUGCCAAACUAAACGAAAAUAUACUAUCGCGGCAUACUUCUUUAACGCUCGAGGGACCAAACUAGAGCAAACACCUCUGGGUAUGCUACGCUCUUUACUAUUUCAACUACUCUCGCAUGAGCCUCGUUUAUAUGACCAGCUUCUUCCAAUUUAUCGCCAAAAACAGCAAGAUCACAGCUCGGGGGACUGGGAGUGGCGUGAGCCAGAGCUUAAAAGCUUCUUCCUAUCGGAGAUACCAAAAUGCCAGCCGGGACCGCUCCUUUUCAUAAUAGACGCGUUAGACGAGUGCAGCGAAUACGACGUGCAGAACGUCGCAGAAUUUCUCCAGCUUCUGAUCAAGAAUGCGACAGAUGCUGGUCUUCUGCUCAAUAUUUGUCUAUCAAGCCGUCACUUCCCAUCCAUCCGCUGCGCAAAAUAUCAAGAACUGGUUUUGGAGAAGGAAAAAAAGCACGAUGAAGACAUUAUCAAGUAUAUCUCUUCCAACUUGACGAAAAAAGACCAAGAGGUUGAAGAAGCGAUCAGAAAAAGGUCGUCUGGUAUUUUUAUGUGGGUUGUGCUCGUCAUCAGGUUACUGAAUAGGGCAUAUGAAGAUGGCAGAGUUGAGGCUAUGAAAGACAUGUUAGACGAAAUCCCAAACGAAUUGGAGGAAAUGUUUGCGAUGCUGCUUGAUAGGGACAAUCCUGACAAGGAUGAGACUAUCUUGAUUUUGCAGUGCGUCUUGUUGGCAAAACGACCAUUCACACCAGAGGAGUUAUUCUUUGCUAUUGUCGCUGGCACCAAUAGCAAAGCAUUGGGCGAAUGGAAUCCUUUGCAGGUAACUGGCGAUAUCAUCCGACGACGCAUCAUCAGUUCAUCCAGGGGGCUUAUUGAAAUCCGCAAAAGGCAAAAUGACACAUCUCGGCUUAUUUAUAGGUCCGGAAGAGGUUUCCGAAGGGUAAAAAUUCGGAAAAUAUACCGUGACGAAGCGCUUUACGAGACGGAAGAAGACGAAGAGCUUUACGAGACGGAAGAAGACGCAAAGCUUGCUGGGACGCAAGAAGGCGAAAGGAAAACAGUGCAGUUUAUUCAUGGAUCCGUCAACGACUUUCUACUUCGUAACAGGAGGUUACAAAAACUAGACCCGAGGCUUUCACCAGAUCCCAUCGCUAAAAGCCAUGAUCGCCUCAAGGAUUGCUGUAUGGCAUACUUAAUGAUGGAAUCGCUAGAACUUCAAAACGUUGAAGAAACAAAGUCUCGCUUCCCUUUCCUCAAAUACGCGUCUCGCUAUCUGUUUGCCCAUGCCGAAGAAGCGACAUCGGUGGGCCAAUCUGAGUUACUACGGACUUUAGAGUACGACACCGUUUUUAAGCGGAUAGAGCAUUUUCAUAAAUUUUUCGUGAAUUACGGUCAAAGGCGCAUGCCUCUCAACUUACUGCAGAUCCUGGCAGCUAGUGGGCUCCCCAAGCUGGUAGUGAGUCUACUCGAUAGGGGAGCUGACAUUAAUGCUGAAGGAGUACCUUGUGGGACUGCGCUUCAAGCGGCUAUAGAGUUUGAAAGGGAAGGGAUUGUCAAAACGCUGCUUAGCAAGGGAGCCAAAAUCGAUCCUCAUGGAAAACCCCGUGGCCAUACAACGCUAUAUAGAGCAUUCAAGAAGGGCAACGGAAGGAUUCUAGCCAUGCUGAUUGACAAGGGGGCCACACUUGAUAUCUUCGAAAGAAUUUCCAAAGGCAGUGUGCUUCAUCACGCAGUAGAAACUGGUAAUGAAGAUAUCAUAGCCAUGGUGCUCGAUAAGGGGGCAAAGGUCAAUGCUCUAGGACUCGUGGGUAACGUUCUCUGCGUAGCAGCUAAAGAAGGGUCUGAAGAUAUCGUGCAAAUGCUUCUUGAGAGGGGAGCAAAGAUUGAUACUCGAGGACUUUUCGGCAGCGCGCUUACAUGUGCAGCGUCAGAAGGAAACAUAGAGGUUGUGCAGUUGCUUCUUGAGAAGGGAGCGAACAUUGAUACUCGGGGAGUAUUCGGCAGCGCGCUUACAUGCGCAGCGGCAGAAGGACACAUAGAGGUUGUGCAGUUGCUUCUUGAGAGGGGAGCAAAGAUUGAUACUCGGGGAGUUCUCGGCAGCCCGCUUGCAUGCGCAGCAUUAGAAACACACAUGGAGGUUAUGGGGUUGCUUCUUGAUGAGGGGCCGAACAUACAUGUUCGAGGACUUUUCGGCAGCCCGCUUGAAUGCGCAGCAGUAGGAGGACACGCCAAGAUGGUCAAUGUGCUGCUUAAUAAGGGAGCGAGAGUUAACGACUGGGGAGGAAUUUUUGGUAGUGCACUUCACGGAGCAGCAAUGAAGGGGAACACAGAUGUUGUGGAGAUGCUUCUUGAGAAGGGAGCAAAUAUCAACGCCCGAGGGCUUAUAGGUCCCGGAUACUUACUCACUGACGGCUCUGAUGACGUUGGCAAAACAAAGAUUCAGGAGAUGCUUCUUGCAAAGGGAAUAAAGAUGGGAACUUGGGGGAAGAUUUAUGGAACUGUACUUCAGGCUGCAGCAUCUAAAGGGCAUGAGCAUAUUGUACAGCUGCUGCUUGAUAGAGGAGCAAAACGUUAA